AUGGCUGAACAGUCUGCACAAGAGACAGACGUCGUGCUGACCCUCCCAACUUUUGACAUGAAUAUAAACGUGCGGUUCGCCCAGACCGAAGCCACAUUCCAAGCAAAGCACAUUCACUCUCAGACUGCGCGUUACGCGUACAUAGUCGAGAAGCUGCCACCAGAGAUCGCUGCUGACAUGCUGGACCUUUUGGAAGCCGUUCCCGCUCAUAACCCCUUUGAUAUACUAAAGGAAGCCAUCAUCUACCGUACUGGGAAAUCGCAUGAGCGCAGGUUGCACGAUCUAUUUAAUACUAUACAGCUCGGAGAUGGCCGCCCGUCGCAGUUGCUUAGACAUAUGAAGAAUCUAUUAGGGAAGAACUUUAUCGUGGACUCCCCUGUACUCACCGAUGCUGAUAUGAUGGAUGUAAUAGAACAGCUGAAACAGCAACUCGAGAGGCUUUCCACUCAAGUACAGCACCUUACCAGAGCAGAGGAUAAAAACUCAUACAAGCUACGGCGACGCUCUCAGUCUGCUACUCGCGCUCGCCGACCCAUGCUAUGCUGGUACCAUCUUAACUAUGGCGCCGACUUUUUGGCACAUUAUCAACUCAUCGUGGACCUCUCACAGCGUCAGUUAUCUGACCCCACCACGAAGCUAUCUAACCGCGGAAUUGUAUCACAGUUAACAUCUACGGAAUUACGCAUCGCUGUGCCGCGUGAUACUUCAAUUCAAGAUAUUCUGGAUAAAUUUCCCUCGUUGAUACAGCCUUUUACUUAUACAGAGCCUGUCAAGCACAGCACUGUACACAGGAUUCGAACUACCGAACAGCCUGUCUAUUCUAAAUCUCGCCGUCUUGCGCCGGACAAAUACAAGAUUGCCCAGGCCGAGUUCCAACACAUGCUCGACCUAGGGAUUAUUCGCCCCUCCUCGAGUCCAUAUGCCUCACCGCUUCACAUGAGCAUCCUUGUGCGGAAGCCUGCAAGAUACUUUGACAUGGAAAAUAUCGCGGAUGAACAAGUACGGGAGAUAACUUUGCUCGACUCAUUUCGAAAUUCGUCACUACAUAUUGAGCAUCAUCCCUUGCCCUUUCCUGAUAAGCUUAUCGCAUGCGACACCAGUCUACGUCAUCCUCGACCCGUCGUCCCAACCAACAUGCGGCGACGAAUAUUCGACCACUUUCAUUCGUUGUCCCACCCUGGUCGUAAAGCUACACUUAGGUUAAUUGCAGACCGUUUCGUCUGGCCUAAGAUGCGUAUAGACAUUAUAAUCGCUAUACUCAAUCUUGUGUUGUUUGUCAACAAAACAAGAUCCAGAGACACACUAAGUCACCAGCUGGUCGUUUUGCUGCCCCUGAUAUUCGUUUCCGACAUCUACAUGCGGACCUAG